CUCGGCAGCAGCUAAGCUGCACAGUCCGACAUGGCAAGGAAAUAUCGCAACAUUUUCCUAAAGAAAGAUGAAAAUCUUCCAAGUCUUUUGGAAUGAUAUUCAUCACGCGAUGUGAUCCAAAAUCCACAAUGUGUGAGGACAUUUAAGAACGAUUGAGUUCGGAAGGAAAAAAAUCUUGAUUCCAGUGGAAUCUUCCAUAUAUUAUAUAUUAUUAUUAUAUUUUUUUCUGUGUUAAACUUAACAUACAUUUACACACACUCGUCCCAUCAACAUAUAACCAUGCCAGUGCAAGCACCACAAUGGACAGAGUUCCUGCUGUGCCCGAUCUGCACACAGACAUUUGAGGAGACUGUUCGCCGACCCAUCAGUUUGGGCUGUGGACAUACUGUCUGCAAGAUGUGCCUGAACAAGUUGCACCGUAAGGCCUGUCCCUUUGACCAGACAGCCAUCAGCACAGACAUCGAGCAGCUACCUGUUAACACAGCCCUGUUGCAGCUGGUGGGAGGCCAGGUUCCUAAGGCUCAGCCAGUUGCCUUGAUUUCCAGUCCAGAGGACUCGCAGCAUUAUGAGGAGGCCAGGCAGUGUGUGGAGGAGUUGGCCCUCUACCUCAAACCCCUCAGCAACACCCGAGGUGUGGGUUUGAGCAGCACGGCCCAGAGCAUGCUGAGUCGACCCAUGCAGAGGAAACUGGUAACUCUGGUCCACUGCCAGCUGGUAGAGGAAGAGGGCCGCGUGAGGGCCAUGAGAGCUGCCCGCUCUCUGGGUGAGCGAACUGUCACCGAACUAAUCUUGCAGCAUCAGAAUCCACAGCAGCUCUCCUCCAAUCUGUGGGCUGCUGUCCGUGCACGAGGAUGUCAGUUUCUUGGCCCAGCCAUGCAGGAGGAGGCUCUGAAGUUGGUCCUUCUUGCACUAGAGGAUGGUUCUGCUCUGUCCAGGAAGGUGUUGGUUCUCUUUGUAGUCCAGAGGCUUGAGCCUCGCUUCCCACAGGCAUCUAAGACGAGUAUAGGUCAUGUGGUGCAGCUCCUGUACAGGGCCUCAUGCUUCAAGGUGACCAAACGUGAUGAAGAUUCAUCCCUAAUGCAACUGAAAGAAGAGUUUCGUACUUACGAGGCUCUGCGGCGCGAGCAUGACUCUCAGAUUGUUCAGAUUGCCAUGGAAGGUGGGCUGCGCAUCGCACCCGAUCAGUGGUCUUCUCUGUUAUAUGGAGAUCAGUCUCACAAGUCACACAUGCAGUCUAUCAUAGAUAAGCUGCAGACCCCAGCGUCCUUUGCUCAGAGUGUCCAAGAGCUGACGAUUGCGCUACAGAGGACUGGAGACCCGGCCAACCUCAACAGGCUGCGGCCCCACCUGGAACUUCUGGCCAACAUUGACCCCAGUCCUGAUGCUCCCCCUCCCACAUGGGAGCAGCUAGAGAAGGGGUUGGUAGCAGUGAAGACGGUGGUGCAUGGCCUGGUAGACUUUAUCCAGAACCAUAGCAAGAAAGGAGCUGACCCUCAGCAGCCUCCCCAGCACAGCAAGUACAAGACAUACAUGUGUCGUGACAUGAAGCAAAAGGGUGGCUGUCCUCGUGGAGCCAGCUGCACCUUUGCUCACUCUCAGGAAGAACUGGAGAAGUAUCGUAAGAUGAAUAAGCGCCUGGCAGCUCGCCUCCCUGGCUCAGGGCUCAUGCCAGAUGAAGGCCUUCCCCUUGAUGUAGCAGUGACCCGGAAGCCUUCACCUCUCACCAAUGGGAGUGGUGCACCCUCUUUGCCCCAGCUCAUUGCCCGUGGCACAGACACAGUCCCAUAUGAACUGUUGCGUAAACCCAUGAAGAUGGAUGGAGGGAGUCCCAGUGCCCCAGGAUCACCACCUGAUCCCAUGGACUCUGUGCCCAAACCUGGUAUGCCUCUGCCACCUCAUGCACUGGCCCACCCCAGAAUGCCUGCAGAUCACCUCUCUGGGGUGAAGCAGAUGCCUGUGGUACCUAGAGGUUCACCAGUGUACCCCCAGCCACAGCUCUCUGAGAUGUUCUACUCUGAUACUCGCCCACCACCUUCUGGUCCUCAGUAUGAACCUUCACAAUACCCCCCAGGUUACCCCUACCAACAGCCACCACAGUAUGUUCCUCGGGAUUACAUGCGUAACCCACCCCCCAGUGAGUCAGGGCCCCCUUACCAUGACCCCUACCCUGGCUAUGGCCCACCAGAGCGCCCUUACCAGGCCCCUCACUCUGGCCCACCCUUCUCCUACCCUCACCCUCCACACUAUGACCGAGGUCGCCAUGGCACCUAUUCUGGCCCCCCACCUCCCCCACAGCCUUACACAUCUCAGAGGGAAAGCCUGGUCAGAAUGAGCCCUGCGCCUCUGGAUGUUCCCCCUCCAUCAGCUGGACAGGCUAACUCACUCUACCACCCGGAGGCCAGUGCCCGGGAUAGAUACCCACCAGAUGGCUACUAUCAAGCAGGUGCCCAACCUCCACCAAUGAGGGCUUAUCCCAGAGGGCCAUCAUAUAGUGGUUCCCAGCCCAGCCUGGACUACCUUCACAGACGUCGGCAGGAGCUGUUAUCCCAGCUGGAAGAAAGGAAAGUCAUCUCCCCUCCACCAUUUGCUGCCUCCCCCACUCUUUCUCAUACCUUCCCAAGCGACUACCCUCCUGAGUACGGAGAAGAGAGCUCCAAAACCAUUGGGAAAUGCAGAGAGCCUGACUAUGCUGGGCAAUACUCACCCUGGUCUUGCGAAACCAUUGGAUCCUACAUUGGCACAAAGGACGCCAAACCCAAAGAUGUUAUGGUUCCUGGAACCAUGGAAAUGAUGAAUGUUGAGGCUAAGGGUCUGAGGGAACCAUCACUUGAGGCCCCUCGUAGGGGUACAGAAGUCAAGGACGAUGACCCUAUUAUCCCGUUUGGCCCCCAGCCCACUGUAUCACGCUUUGGGGCCAUCUCCCGCACCUCAAAGACAGGCUAUCAGACUUCCGGCCCUGUACAGGCCAUGGCCUCCACUCCCCAGAACCCAAACUCUAAACACAUGGCCAUGCCAGCAGAAUACACAUAUGGAAGCCAUGGAGGAUGGGGUGGAGCUUCAUACCCCUCCCACCAGACUGCCUCCUCCUCUCAGGGACACUUUAGUGAGCGCCUGCCUAUGGCAGCCACAGACAGAGAACAGCUGAAGAUUGAACUGCAGCAGGUCAACCAGCAGAUCAACCAACAGACCCAGAUGCACAGCAUGGAGGCUGCCAGUAACACUUUAGUGCUGCAGAGGGAGGCCAGUGCAUUGGCAGGUCAGUCCGUGCAGUCCAGCCAUGGUCAGGCAGCAGCAGCCCAGCAGCAGCAACAGGCCAAGUGGCCAGCAGGGGGAGCAGGUGCAACAGCUGUGUCUAGUGAACAGCUGAGCCUGGAGCUCCACCAGGUGGAGAGAGAGAUUGGAAAAAGGACCCGUGAGAUGGCCAUGGAAAAACAAGUAGCUCAUGAAGUUCAGCAGUACAAGAUGAAACCUGCAGAGAAUGGACAACCAGAGCACAAGACUCAGCUGGAAGAAAUCUCUCUGGCUCUUGGCGAGGUGUCAAACGGCUCCAGCAGUCUGCAAGAAAGUGCAGUGGGCGGGUCCAUGCUGUCACUGACCAAUAAGACGUCUGCGUUGAGCCUGUGUUCUGAUCCAGGUGCCACUGGUUCAGAGAUGCAGAAGAAUGGCGUUGUCCAUUCCUGCUCUUAGGCAGUACACCCACACACACACACACACACACACACACACACACACACACACACACACACACACACACACACACACACACACACACACACACACAUACACAAACAU